AUGAAAGUCCAAAGAGGAGCCCGCGGCGGAAGCCAGCGCUGCUCGCGGCCGAGCCCAGAAGGGAGCCGGGAACCGAGCCCAGAAGGGAGCCGGGAACCGAGCCCAGAAGGGAGCCGGGAACCGAGGUCAGGCGGCCGGACUCGGGCGACCGAAGUUACCCGGCUGCGCCCCGCGCCGCACCGGGCCGAUGGGACCUGCACCCCGCACCCGCACCCCGCACCCGCACCCCGCACCCCGUCACUCCUACCUGCCCCCGCACGCGCACCCCGCACCCGCACCCCGUCACCCCUACCUGCCCCCGCACGCGCACCCCGCACCCGCACCCCGUCACCCCUACCUGCACCCCGCACCCGCACCCCGCACCCCGUCACCCCUACCUGCCCGCGCACCCCGCACCCCGCACCCCGCACCCCGCACCCCUACCUGCCCGCGUACCCCGCACCCCUACCUGCACCCCGCACCCGCACCCUGCACCCCGUCACCCCUACCUGCACCCCGCACCCGCACCCUGCACCCCGUCACCCCUACCUGCCCGCGUACCCCGCACCCCGCACCCCUACCUGCCCCCGCACGCGCACCCCGCUCCCGCACCCCUACCUGCCCCCGCACCCGCACCCGCACCCCACCCCUCGCACACCUCUCCCGCACCCCGCACCCGCGCUCCCUUGCCAUUCCUCCUUCUGGUUCCGGGAGUGGUUUGAGAUCCCCCCCUUAGCCCAUCCUUCCACUUCCCGGAGCUAA